AUGAGCGGCUCCCUGCGGCCCGGGGCCAGCGGCUGGCGGCGGGCGGCCACGGUGGUGCUGGCGGCCGGCUGGACGCGCCCGAGCCCCGCCGCGCCCCCGCUGCCCCCGCUGCCCGCCGGCGGCUUCCGCCUGCUGCUGCUGCAGCGCUGCCAGGCCCAGGGCUUCCUGCCCGGCGCGUACGUCUUCCCGGGCGGCGUGCAGGACGCGGCCGACCGCUCGGCCGACUGGCUGCGCCUGUUCGCGCCGCACCACGGCCCGCCGCGCUUCGGCCUGCGCCCCGCGCGCCCCCCGCCGCGCCCGUUCCCGGGCCUGCCCGACGCCGACGGGGCGGCCGCGACGCAGCCCGACGACGCGGCCCCCGCGGCGCUGCCCGAUGACGUGGCCGCCCGCGUGUGCGCCGUCCGCGAGGCGUUCGAGGAGGCCGGCGUGCUGCUGCUGCGGCCCCGCGGCGCCCCGCCCGCCGCGCCCGAGCCGGCCCGGGCCCUGCCGCCGCCCCCGGGGCUGGACGCCUGGCGCGAGCGCGUGCGCCGCGACCCGCGCCUCUUCCUCAGCCUGUGCGAGCAGCUCGACUGCACGCCCGACAUCUGGGCGCUGCACGACUGGGGCGGCUGGCUCACGCCGUUCUCGCGCGCCGGCGGCCGCCGCUUCGACACGUCCUUCUUCAUGUGCUGCCUGAGCGAGCCGCCGCCGGUGCGGCCGGACGGGAGCGAGGUGGUGCGCUGCCAGUGGUCAUCUCCAUCAGAGGCAACUGAGAGUUUCAUGAAAAAAGAAAUUUGGCUGGUACCUCCACAAUUCUAUGAAAUAAGAAGACUCGCUAACUUUACCUCUCUCUCUGACUUGCACAAAUUUUGUUUGGACGGUACAUCGGAAGGAAUAGAAAAAUGGAUGCCAAUCACGUUUUUAACUGCUAAUGCAAUGGUCCAGCUUUUACCAGGAGAUGAAUUAUACUCAGAAGAUUCAGAAUAUUUAGAAAAUGUUAUGUCCUCUGGAAAAAAGAUUGAAGACAUCAUGAAGGAAAGCAAGACGCUUCACCGACUAGUGUUAUACAGCCACCAUGUGUUUAAUAUCCACGUGACUAUCCAGUCAAAGCAUAAACAUAUUUAUCCUAAGACCUACAUCAUAAGUAAGAGCCGUUUGUAGAGUACGCCUUAUUUGUACUCGCUUAGUUGCCUGUUUGAAGCUGUCCUACCGAAUACUGAGGGGUGACCAGACUUGCUUGGAACCUAAGGACCUGCCUGGAAGCUACAGUACAGACUUUCACAUUUCAAGUCUACUGUAGCACUUCUUUGCUUAUUUCGCCCUUCAAACCUUCUGGUAACAUCCAGUAUCAAUAAAGCAUUAACAAUCUUGUUCCCAGAAUGAGGAGAGGACGUUGCAGAAGGGUUCCUACUUCUGUGUUGUUUUAUUAUCAGCAGUUUAAGUAAGAUGUUCUACUGCCAUUGUCCGGUAUAUUCGCACUUUCCGUGAUGUGCUUACGAGAUGGAUCCAUGCCUUCCUUAGAUGUGGUGCUGGAAUUCGUCGAAGCAUGUCUAAUGAGGGUCAACAGGAGUAGACGGAGACAACCCUUCAGGCAACAGUGUCAUUAUUUUCUUGUUCUGCUAGCUUGAUGAUUUAACAGACAAUUCUGGCUAUUACCAAAUGGCCUUAGUUACUAGGUUUACCCAGUGGGAAACAAGAAGCCAUUAACAAAAGCCAUAAUUAGGGUUGCCUGGGUGACUCUGUCGGUUAAGCAUCUCCCUUCAGCUCAGCUCAUGAUCCCAGGGUCCUGGGGUCGAGCCUCAUGUCGGGCUCCCUGCUCAGUAGGGAGUCUGCUUCUCCCUCUGCCUUUCCCCCAGCUUGUAUGCACGCUCUCUCACUCACUCACUCACUCUCUCCCUCUCAAAUAAACGAAUAAAAUCUUAAAAAAAAAAAAAAAGUAAUUAUUUUAACUCUGGAGCAGUAGCUAAUGAAUACAAAGAGAUUAGAGAGAAGUAAAAUCUAGUCAUUCAGUGGUUUUUGUUAAUGAUGCUUAUUUUCCGUGCUUUUAAUAUGGAUAAUUUUCUUCACGUUCUCUUAAGAGCAAUACUGUUUAUUGAUUAUUAAAGAUGGGAAAUGGCUAAGACAUCA